AUGGUGUGGGCAGCCCCAGCCCUGGCAGCCGUCACCCUCUGCCUCCGUGUCGCCACAGACCCGGUGAAAGCCACAGCGGCUGCCCUGAUUGUUGGGGCCGUCCUGUCCAACGCUGAGCAUCCCCACCUCGGGGCGCUGGUGUGUGACCUGGAGCCGGGCACCAUCCCGGCCUCGGACCCCAGCAUCCUGGAGAAGCUGAAGCUCUGCCCGGCGCUGACAGCGGCACAGCAGGACGCCCUCAAUGCCCUGCUCCUCUCGGGGGACACAGCGUACGGGGAUCCUUCAAGCUGGGAUUUACAGACUCUGCAAGAUCUGGGGCCGCUCGUGCUGGCGUUGAACCAGACCACGCUGAGCUUGGUGGCCGAGGCAGCACAGGAGGAUUUCAGGAGGAGCAUCGCUGCCGCCUACAUCAGCCAGGGGCGUUCCCAGCGGGAGAAAUCCCUGAUGCUCCUCAGGGCGCUCGCAGCAGCCUCAGCCGCCUCCCAGCCCCGGCUGCAGCGCAGCGCCGACGGCUGCCAGAUCGAGCCCAUCACCGCCAGCAACAUCGAGGACAUCCUCUUACUCUUCCCUGAGGACCUUGACCUGUGCCUGAGCAAUAAUGUGUUGGUAGAAAACCUGGAGACUGUGCAGGAUCUGCCAUUCACCUCAGAGGCUUCCUGGGUCCUGAAAAAAAAGGUGGAUGAGUUUUUCCAGGGGUCAGAGAUCCCAGAUGAGAAGCUGAGGCACCUGGGGACGCUGUCCCGCCUGUACACAGAGGAGGAGAUCAGCAAGUGGCAUGUGACAUCCAGUGACACCCUCUCUGCUCUGCUCAGAAAUGUGGGAGGAGUGUGGAAUGAUUCCCAGGUGCAGCAGCUGCUCAGCAAGUACCUGGCCCUGGGGGGCUCCUUGACAGGGCCCCUGCUCCAGGAAAUCAGAGGCAAACACCUGUGCAACCUGCAGGAGGAGCAGAUCCAGCAGAUCCCUGCUGCAGCCAUUGGGACUGCUGGGCAGUUGGACAUCUCUUCAUGCUCCCAAACCAAGAAGGAUCAGCUCUAUAGGAAGGCCCGGGAGGCCUUUGCCAGCCUGGCCAGCACCCCUGGCUACUAUUACUGGCAGAUCCAUCCAUACCUGGGUGGAGCUCCAGCAGAAGAUCUGAAGGAGUUGGCUAAUGCUGGUGUGGCCAUAAACAUGGAUCUGGACACCUUCCUCACCCUAAACCCUGAGGAGCUGCAGAAACUCAGCGUCACUGAUGUGAAACAUUUGCUGGGGGAAAACCUCCCUGAGCUGAAGGAGCACGAGCACGAGCCCUUGGUGGUGAGCUGGGUGCAGCAGCAAUCCCAGCAGGAGCUGGACUGCGUGCUGGACAUCGGCCUGCAGGGAGGGCGGCCCCAGCCCACGGGGACAGGCGGCUCUGCUGCCACCAGCACAGCCACUGCCACCACCCCAGCCAGUGUCACCUCCACCACCACUGUCCCCACCACCACUGCCCUUAGCAGCCCCUCGACCCCUCAGCCAAGCACGGUGCCCCCCAGGACCCCCACCCCGAGCACUCCCAGUGGAACUGCGCCAGGCACGGCCCUGCUGGACAGCAGGAGCCAGGAAAGGGAAGAGAAUUCAUCCCCAGUUGAUGCCAGCACAGGAUUUGGUUAUUUUUGA